UCUUGGAAGGAUAAAUAUUUUCGCCUCAAAUUUAAAAUUUUAAUAAAAUUCCAAUUAAUAUUAUAAAUAUAAACGUUGAAAAAAAUAAAUAUGUUUUGGUUGAAAUUAUUACUUAUGGUUUUAAAUAUUUCAAUAAUUAAAUCAGGGGACCCAGCGACAUUUUUAUCACCCGACGAUCCGUUUCAAAAUAGACAGCGAUUUUUAUCAGAACUACCAGGCUCAUUGGCUAUUAAUAAAUUAGCGUUAAUCGGUACACAUGACUCAGCAUCGUCAAAAAAUUUUCCAUUUGCACAGACGCAAGUGUUAUCGAUAAAACGACAGCUAGAAUCUGGUAUUCGGGUCCUAGAUCUACGAGUGCGUAUUACAGACAAUAGAUUUGCUUUGCACCAUGGUCCUAUAUUUUUAAAUCUCAUGUUCGGUGAUGCAAUACUACAAGUGAAUAAUUUUCUCUACAAUAACCCCGAUGAAUUUGUAAUAGUAUUAUUACAAGAAGAAUAUAGAAGACGUAAUUCCAGUUUGAAUCCAUGUCAAGUUCUUAGAAAUUAUAUCGAUGAUUUGGGUUUACUGGCAGUCAUGGAUUGGUCUAUUUGGGAUAAUAUUGACUAUCAUCGCGGGCAAAUUUUGUUAACUACAACUGGAACCGGAUUUCAAAGCUGUCUGACACCUUUAUCACCGUGCGAAGUACAGAACACUUGGAAAAUUGAUAGUUUAUUGCAGAAACGACAAUUGAUAAGAGAAAAUCAAGAUAAAAUGUUUAGGAAAAAUGUUUAUAGUCCGUGCUAUAUAAAUUAUUUGAGCGGUAAUAAUCCCUGGGAAUUAAUUACCCCAGCGCAUGUAGCAACCGGGGUUAAUUUCAUGAUGAGAAAUUAUUUUCGUAAUCCACACAAUACUUUAGUUAUUAUACUGGCUGAUUUUCCAGGACAAGAAUUAAUAGAUACUGUUAAUUACAGUAAUCUUGUAAAUGAAACUGUACCAAGUGCACCAAAUCAAAAAACUGAUUUAUCCGUCGGAACAAUACUGGAAUAUCUUUUUACUAGCAUCGUUACUCAUUAAGUUUAAUAAAUUACCAUGCAAAAAUAAAAAAUUUUUUUUUUUUUUUUUUUUUUGUGAAUAAAAUAAAAUAAAUUUGGAAGAUCAAAAUUUUUU